AUGUCGGGCGAGGUUCCUCAAAAGAGGGAAGCCGUCUUCGGCAUCCCCCCGUUUGCCGUGGAUUUUUUGAUGGGAGGUGUUUCCGCCGCUGUCUCGAAAACCGCUGCUGCGCCCAUUGAGCGUGUCAAGCUCUUGAUCCAGAAUCAGGAUGAGAUGAUCAAGGCUGGUCGUCUUGACCGGAAGUACAACGGUAUCGUUGAGUGCUUCAGCCGAACCAUCAAGAAUGAGGGUGUUAUGUCUCUGUGGAGAGGUAACACUGCCAACGUUAUCCGAUACUUCCCUACCCAGGCCCUCAACUUCGCUUUCCGUGACACCUACAAGUCGAUGUUCGCCUUCAAGAAGGAGCGCGACGGUUACUGGAAGUGGAUGGCUGGUAACUUGGCCUCUGGUGGUGCCGCUGGUGCCACUUCUCUUCUCUUCGUCUACUCUCUCGACUAUGCUCGUACUCGUCUUGCCAACGAUGCCAAGUCCGCCAAGAAGGGUGGUGAGCGUCAAUUCAACGGUUUGGUCGAUGUCUACCGCAAGACCUUGGCUUCUGAUGGUAUUGCUGGUCUCUACCGUGGUUUCGGUCCUUCCGUUCUUGGUAUAAUCGUCUACCGUGGCUUGUACUUCGGCAUGUACGACUCCAUCAAGCCCGUUCUCCUGGUCGGUCCUCUUGAGGGUAACUUCUUGGCUUCUUUCUUGCUCGGCUGGGGUGUUACCACUGGUGCUGGUAUCGCUUCCUACCCGCUUGAUACCAUCCGUCGUCGCAUGAUGAUGACAUCCGGCGAGGCUGUCAAGUACAAGAGUUCUUUGGAUGCUGCCAAGCAGAUCAUGGCUGCUGAGGGUAUCCGAUCCUUCUUCAAGGGUGCUGGUGCCAACAUCCUCCGUGGUGUCGCCGGUGCCGGUGUGCUCUCCAUCUACGACCAGGCCCAACUUCUUAUCUUCGGAAAGAAAUUCAAGGGUGGCUCCGGCUAA